AUGCACAAUAGAGAAGUGCAAAGCAUAAAUUUCGUAUUGGAAGGCAAAGAACUGGAGCAAGAAAUACAUUAUUGUAUAUCGUACAUCGUACACAAUUGCCCCAGGGUGCAGCAAUUAUUUUGCGCCUGGGCGAAUCUCACAGCCGAGCAGCAAGACGUAUUCAUAUACCACUCGAAUUAUAUUUUCGAAAACAAUAUGGUGAUGUUUAACGGUGUGAUGGGAGGAUUGCGUUUUUGGAACGAUAUACAAGACACGGAGGGAGCCUGUGGUUACAAUCAAAUACCGAGAGAAUGCAAUUUGGAGAAGCAACAAAGGAGGGAAAUUUUGAUGCUUAUUUUUAAAAUGAAGCAAGUCGCGGAAACUAUUGAUAAAAAGACGUUGUUGUGUGAACAAUUUGUCAAAUUUAAAGUGUUUUUCAAGAAUCAUAGGAUUGCUUUUAUAUCUAAACAUGGCGAUAUGUAG